ACUUACGCCCGUGGGCCCAUAUACCUGCCGCUGCUUCUCCUUCUGCUUCCCCCAAACCAAUGCCCCCCCUCUCUCUCUCUUUUGAAUAUUCUCUGUCUCUCUCUCUCUACACAAGAGGGACUGUUGCCUAGGGAGGGACUCGAGCGAACAUCCUUCUCUUGUUUAAAUCCACCUCCUUACAGGAUCUGUAUUAUUUCCUGCAGGAACUACUGUUUUUUAUUUAAAAUUAUUUCGUGGACAUUCAGUGCGGUGGAAUUACAGCAGAAUGAUUGAUUGGGAGCUGAAGACAUGUUGCAGUCAUGAGCAGGUCGCAUUCCUGGCAACUAUUGGUGUUUUCACUGUGGUUAUUCUAGCGCUUUGGAGGACUAUAUUGCUGACACCAUUCAAGCUUAUCACUGUGUUUCUUCAUGAAACAAGCCAUGCUCUUGCUUGCAAAUUGACCUGUGGAGAUGUUGAGGGGAUUCAGGUCCAUGCAAAUGAAGGUGGUGUGACACAAACACGUGGUGGUAUAUACUGGGUGAUCUUGCCUGCUGGAUAUCUGGGUUCGUCAUUUUGGGGAAUGGUAUUUGUGCUGGCAUCCACAAAUCUUCUCACUGCAAAAAUUGCAGCAGGGUGUUUUGGCGCUGCAUUGGUGAUUGUCCUCUUUGUUGCCAAAAAUUGGACACUUCGGGGACUUUGUAUUGGUUUCAUUAUAUUUCUUGCAAUAAUAUGGCUUUUGCAAGAGACAACAAAGGUUCGUUUGCUUCGGUAUAUCAUCUUGUUCAUAGGUGUAAUGAACAGCUUGUUUUCAGUUUAUGAUAUUUAUGACGAUUUAAUAUCUCGAAGGGUCCACUCCAGUGAUGCGGAAAAGUUUGCUGAACUUUGCCCUUGUCCUUGCAAUGGUGUUGCAUGGGGGGUCAUUUGGGGAUUCAUAUCACUUAUAUUUCUUAGUGGAGCCAUGUACCUUGGCCUUGUUAUCUUGUCCUGAGGCUCUUUGGGAAGUAAUUGAUGGAUUUUACAGGCUCUUUGGGAGUUCGGUUAUCUGAUCUUUUUAGCAUUGGUGCCUUCAGCCUAUGUAUCAUUGUACAAACAUUAUUUGUACUUUAUGAUUAUUUAGAUCCAACACUCACUGUAAAAGCAAUUGCAUUGUUAUAUUCUUUUUGCCAUUCCAUGGAAGACAACAGUUAGCCUUUUCUGUUUUUUCAACUUGGUGUUCAUGUC